AUGCCGCCAAAGAAAGCGGCCAAGACGCAAACCAAAGCCUCCCCAAAGAAGCGAGCGACGAUAGAGACCACCGAGGAGGUCGUCGUCGAGCAGCCCACGAAGUAUGUUGACCUUACCGUCGCGAAUGUGCUCAGCGAUCCCGUCGCGGUCGCCAACUCGGUCCUGAACGAUCGAAGAUACUACUGGCUCGUUGCUGGUCUCCUUGCGCUCUUCCAGCUUGUCCUCGGAAUAGCUAUCAUUCUCAAGGUUCCAUCAGGUCGACAUGUUCCUGUCGGGAGAGCGCGACUACUCGAAGAUCGAAGGAGAGACAGAUAUCCCGCCGGUCACCUCUACAUCUACACGGCCUUCCACAAGCUCCUCCCCGCUCACGGUCGCGAGCGACCAGCACAGUUCAUCUUCCUCGGCGUCGAAACCGUGACCUUCCUCCUUGCUGCGCAGAUCUACUACCUCGCUGGAAGGACGAAGCACGUGCCGCAGUGGACGCUGAUCCCCCUUGUGCUGAGCAAGCGUUCGCACUCGAUCUACCUCCUGCGCCUGUUCAACGACCCGCUCGCAAUGGUGCUGCUCUACUCGGCCGUUGUGCUCUUCCAGUACGACUGGUGGAAGAUCGGCUGCUUCGUGUACAGUCUCGCGCUCGGUGUGAAGAUGAACAUCCUCCUGUUCCUUCCCGGCCUCCUCGUUCUGCUGUUCCAGUACACCGGCUUCUUCGAGACGUUCAAGGCGGUCGUGAUCAUCAUCUUCGUGCAGCUCGGUCUGCCGUCGAUGCACUUCCUCGACGACGUCCCCAACAUCAUUGCGUACUUUACGUCGGCGUUCGACUUUUCGCGCCAGUUCCUGUACAAGUGGACGGUGAACUGGCACAUGCUCGGCGAGGAGCGCUUCCUGUCGCAGAAGUUUGCGAAGGGUCUUCUCAUCGCUCAUGUUAUCACGCUCAUCGCCUUCGGAUGGUGCCGAUGGAACCCCGUGCCAGGCGGCACGCCUGCGGUUCUCAAGCGCGGCCUCUUCACUCUCCGCAACAUGUUCAAGCCCGCCGUUCUCCCCGGCCAGCUGACGAGCCACCUCUUGUUCUGCUCGAACCUGAUCGGCGUCGCCUUCGCGCGCUCGCUGCACUACCAGUUCCACGCCUGGUACUUCCACCAACUGCCGUUCCUUCUUUACUUUGGAGGCUCUGCCGGCCUCCUCGCCGUGCUUGAGAAGGCGUGGGACACGUACCCCGCCACGAAUAAAAGCUCCCUCAUGCUCAAUACUGCGCAUAUUGUCAUGCUCGCUGGAUUGUGGUACAUGAACGCCCCUGGACGGCAGCAGAGGCAGACCCAGCAGCAGCAGACGACGCUGCAGAAGAAGGUCAAGUAA